UGCAUUUUCGAAAAAAAGUCAAAUUUUUCUUUUUUUUUUCAGCCCGCGCAAGGGAAUGUCCAACUAAAAGAUGUUUCAUUUGCAUAUCCGACGUGCCGUCGCCAGAUGGUACUCAACAAACUUUCACUAACAGCCUCAUUUGGCCGAACUAUAGCACUGGUUGGUCCCAGUGGAUGUGGCAAAAGCACUGUAAUUCAGUUGCUCGAACGAUUUUACGAUGUUACUGGCGGUGUAUUGGUGAUCGAUGGUCGGGACAUUAAAAGUUACAACAUCCGGCAUUUACGGUCUAAUAUUGCUUUGGUGGGCCAAGAGCCGACUCUGUUUAAUAUCACCAUCCGGGAUAAUAUUGCUUAUGGGAUGGAAAAUGUGGCACAGGAAGAUGUUGAGGCAGCAGCUAAGCUAGCCAACAUCCAUGGCUUCAUUAUCACCCUGCCACAGGGCUAUGAUACGGUAGUUGGUUCGAAAGGAAAUCAGUUAUCUGGAGGCCAAAAACAACGAAUUGCGAUUGCACGAGCGAUUAUAAAAAAUCCAAAAAUACUCCUUCUGGAUGAAGCGACCAGUGCUCUUGAUACAGAAAGUGAAAAAGUAGCCAUCUUUUUUUACAAUUUUUUCUUUGAGAUCCUGCAUUUUAGCGUUAAACAUUACUUUGAAGACAAAAUUUACCAGAGGAAUUUG